UUCAUAUUCAGAGACAGUCGGAAAAAAGAUUUUUUUCAGUGAUAGGCUUUCCGGUGGUAUAAUAUAUAAUAAUGUAAAAACAAAUGAAAGGCAGAUAUAAAAUUGCUGAUCAGGUUCAUAUAAUGAAGACAUUUUUGAUAAUGUCCAUUGUUUUUGCAUUGGAGUUUCCAGAUUUCUCAUCUUCGAAUUGUUGCCAGUUAAAACAAACUGAAAGAUGUAGCUUUUUACAAGACAUCAAUUGCAGUUUGACUUUUACAUUUUGUUCAUCGCAGAUUGUUUACAAUCUUAAUAUUGUAUGGUUCCAUGAAGGUGUUAUGAUUCACCCAAACGAGGGCUUUACGACUACUCCUUCCAAAUUUGUUGUUCCUGUAACGUCAGAAUGUAUACAAAUUGUUAAUUCAGUGUUAGUGUUCCCAGUAUCAUUUCUGCCAAGUGAUUACGGUAACUAUACUGCAAAGGUUAGAGGAACAACAGGAGAAGUAACCAAAUGCUCAACAACUGUAUGUGAAGGCUGCAGAAUUCGACAUCAACUCUGCCAAGAGAAGAAAAAGAAUGACAUUGCAAUUCCCAAAUCCCCAGGAAAAGACGAUAGCUGGGGCAACAUGUAUAUAUUUAUAUCUGCUGGUGUCGCUGCCUUUUUAAUGUUAUCAAUUAUUGCUUCAACUGCAGUUAUUGUACAUUGCAAGAGAAGAGGAAAGAGAAAAAGAAACAGAGCUGUGAGGCAGAAUCAGAUAGAGUCAGAAACAAAUAUAUCAACAGAUGACCUUUCAGAUCACACAUACAUCUCCGUCGACUUAAGUGUCCCAAGCAGGUAUAUGGGAUUACAGAGAACAAAUCCAAACAAUCGUUCUAACAUACAUCACACAUACCAAAACAGAGCUAUAUUUGAGGAUUUAUCGAUUCAUAAUGGUCUUUCAACAGACGACCUACACUAUGAAAGGCCUUUUGUACCACCUCAUGUUUCCGGUAUCCCUAGACUAGAGAACACUAAUCAUUAUGAUAGCGUUACAGAAGAUCAUUUUCUGGAAGCCAUUGCACGUUUUGAUGGAGGUCAUUCAGCAUCUAGUGCAGUCCAAACCCAUCCACAAAGUAUACUCAAUGUAAAAGUGAACGAUUAUCAAAAUAUAAGAAGAAUAAAGAGAUUGUCUUGACAAAAGGUCAAAUAAUAACUGUACAUACGUUUUACAUAAUGGUGUACAUGCUUUAUUAGUGAUUGUGUAUAUAGGUUAAUGAUGAUGGUGUACAAACCUUAUAAAUGAUGGUUUUCAUGCGUUAUUGGUGAUGAUAUACAUAUGUUUUUAGUAAUGGUGUACAUGCGUUAUUGGUUAUGAUGUAAUACGUUAUUUUUGAUGGUAAACAUGCGUUAUUGAUGAUUGUGUUCACAUAUUAUAAGUGAAAGUGUACAUUCUUUAAUAGUGAAACUGUAUAAGCACCUACAUACGUUAUAUCAAUUGGAAACACAUGUUAUAAGCAGUAGCAUACAUACGUUAUAAGUGAUGAAAACUUACGUUACAAUCGAUGAUAUACAUACGUUACAUGGUAUUGUAUACAUACGUUAUAAAUGAUGAGCAUAAAUAUCUUAUAAAGGAUGGUCUAUAUACGUUAUAGAUAAAGAUGUACACACGGCAACAGAUUCGGUAUGAAUGCGUUAUAAUUGAAGGUAUAUAUACGUUAU